AUGAAAUUGCCACCUGGAUUUGAAUGUGGCGAUAAGUCGAAGGUGUGUAGAUUGAGGAAGUCAUUGUAUGGUCUUCGUCAAUCACCAAGAUGUUGGUUUGCCAAGCUAGCGACUGCAUUGAAAGGGUAUGGAUUUGUUCAAAAUACAACAGAUUACUCCUUAUUUACUCUAACUCGUGGGUCUAUGAGGCUUUAUGUUCUCAUAUAUGUUGAUGAUUUGAUUGGUGGCACUGAUCCUGAAGCUAUUGCCAAGUUCAAAGGCUAUCUUAGCCAAUGCUUUAAGAUGAAAGAUUUGGGUCUCGUCAAAUAUUUCCUUGGUAUUGAAGUUUCUCGAGCUCCGGAUGGGAUUUACUUAUCACAGAGAAAGUAUGUGCUUGAUAUUGUUAAGGAGUGUGGUUUGUUGGGAAGUAAACCGGUGCACACUCCAAUGGAACAGAAUCAUAUGUUGGCUACGGAUGAGAGGGAUUACUAUCAAGAUCCGGUGAGUUAUAGGAGAUUGGUAGGUCGUUUGGUAUAUCUCACCGCUACUAGACCGGAACUGUCUUAUGCUGUGCAUAUUUUGGCACAACUUAUGAAGAAUCCUCGGAUCAAGCAUUGGGAGGCUGUGGUUCGAGUUGUGCGUUAUCUUAAAGGUUGUCCCGGACAAGGCAUCCUGUUGAGCUCUAACGAUGAUCUGCAGAUCAAUGCAUAUUGUGACUCAGAUUAUAAUGCAUGCCCAAUGACUCGUCGCUCUCUUAGUGGGUUUAUGGUUUUACUUGGUGAUUCUCCCAUCUCCUGGAAGACUAAGAAGCAAGAUAGGGUGUCAUGUUCCUUUGCUGAGUCUGAAUAUAGGGCGAUGGCGUUUACUACCAAGGAGCUGAAAUGGAAUCGAGAACUUUUGCAGUGCUUUGGUGUUUCUCAUACACAACCGAUGAAGCUCUAUUGUGAUAACAAAGCGGCGCUCUAUAUUGCAGCAAAUCCAUUAUUUCAUGAACGGACAAAACAUAUUGAGUCCGAUUGCCACUUUGUCUGUGAUGAAAUACAGAAUGGUUCUCUUGCUACCUCCCACGUCGUAACAACAGAGCAGCUGGCAGACAUAUUUACCAAGGCGUUAGCUUCUCAACAAUUCUCAUAUCUUAGGCGCAAGUUGGGCAUACGUGAUUUGCAUGCUCCAACUUGA